UAUGAACACUACUAUCCGUAAAUUAUAUACUUUCAAAAAGAAAUAAAAGAGUUUCGAUAAAACCUUUGGUGUUAAAUAUGUUUAAGAUAUACUCAACAAUAUAAUUGUUUAGAAAAUUGACUUUUCAGUACAUUCUGAAAUAUGCAAAACUGAAGAAGAUCUUGAUUUAGAUGAUUUAAUCAUUAAUGAAAUCUCAAAAACAGAAGGACCUGAAGAAGAUAUUCAAAUUAAUGAUGAUUUAUCACAAAAAUUAAAUGAUCUAGUAAGUCCCAGAAAAAAAUUAGUUACUUUUGAUUCAGACAACUAUAGACUUAUUUAUAGAUUAAAGAAAUCUAAAUCCAAACUCAUUGUUGUACCUUGUAAAGUAUCUAAACGAACAUUUAAAAUGACAGAAUAAGAUCUCUAAUUUCAAUAAUUAUUUGAUUAAUCCACUUAUUAAUUUUAACCUCCAAAUGAAUUAGACUUUUUAAUACCUUUUAAUGAAUUUUAUCAGAAAAUAAAUGAAAUCGUGCUUAAUCAAUUGUGA